UGGCGUUAAGUUAUAUUUUCACAAAUAAAAAAUAUUUAUUCGAUUUAAUUUAACUUCUAAAUUUUAAAAAUGCCUGUACCCACUUGCUCGGGCGGCUCGUGCACAAUUUCGAGACCACGAAAAUCCGCAACUACUAAAUCUAAACCAAAAUCAACAGCCUCAAGCGCCAAGAAGACGACUACCAAAAAAACAACCGGUAAGAAGACCACCACAGCUGCCGCUAAAAAGCCAAAAUCAACAACAACAACAAAGGCCAAAUCGUCUACGGCCAGCAAGACAAAGAAGACCACCUCCACAAGGAAAAGUACAACAACAGAUUCAAAGUCGAAAACCGCUGCGCGGAAAACAACUACUACACGCCAGCGGGAUGACAGUUAUUAUAGCUGCAGUUCCGGUGGUUGUUACUAAUAUUGACGAGAGUUACAUGGAGCUGCUGAGGAAAACGAUUUUAAUGAUGUUGGU